AUGCCUCACAUAUGCAGUGCUAAGCAGGCUGGUGUUGGUGUAGCUGACUGUGAUUUACUGAUAAUUGCCUAUAUUUUUGCUGGUCUUGCUAUGAUGCUUAAUAUUAGGCUCUCAUAUAGUUCUGCUCCAUAUGCACUUAUUAGAUUCAGAUUACCUGAAAAUCUAUUCAGUGUGUUCGUUAGGAGGAUUGCAAGUGCCUUGGAACUCUGGUGUCUACCGAGCAUGCUGCUGGGAAACAUAAUUGACCUAAUUCAGAAACUAGCAGUUAAUACUGAUGGAGACCUUAAAGCAGCAGCUGGCACAGAAAAAUCCAAAGGAACACUCCGAAAACUGGCAGAAGCACUACAUACUCAAGCCAAUUCACUUAACGAUGCAGUUAAUAAUCCUGGUGCUACUGAGAAUGCUGCCAAAGUACUUAAGUUUAAGGCUGGCAGUGAAGACGAAGAGGGUAAGCUUAGGAAACUCGCAAAGGAUCUAUAUACUGCAGCCACCCAACUAGAAAACAAAGCUCCUGAUAAUUCUGACGAUGGACUUAAACAAAAAGCUGGAACACAUCAAAAUGAUGGACUUCGUAAACUGGCUGGUGAACUAUACAUAGCAGCCAAAGCACUUCAAAAAAAAGUUGGUACUGGUGUUUCUGGUCAUGACGAAGCCCAAAGUCUUGCCAAUGCUGUAGGUGAGAGUGAGUCCUCUGGAAUUCGAGCUAAACUCCAACAACUUGCUGAAAAUGAAGGUACGGCCGAUGCCGUUAGAACUGCGUACGAAGAUGGCACCGGUGAUGGUGUCAAAAAGAAAUUCGAUGAAGUUCAGAAACUUAAAGGUAGUGCAUAUACCAGUGAUAAACAGGCUGCAUACGACAAAGUUGAGGCCGCAUGGAAUGCCUUCAAUGCCCUGUAUACUACUGAUCUCAAAGAACUUGCCAAGGAUCUUAAGAAUGCUAUCGGUAAUGGAAGUCAGAGUAAACUUCGACAGGCCCUCGCAGCUCUUGGUAAUCUUCAAGAAACUGCUACUGGUGUUCAACUAACUGGUCCGGCCGGCAAUGUAAAAACCGCAUACGACGGUGGUGAAGGUGUCAAACCUAAAUUCACCAAACUCAAGGCGAAAGAAUCUUCCUAUCAAGCUAUUUCUGCUAUUAGACCUAACUACAAAGAAGUUGUAGAUGCAAUUACCGCCUUCGACAAUGUGUAUAAGCCUGAAGAACUACUUAAAGAUGCUGUCGGCCAAGGUGAAACCACAGGACUCACAAAGGCACUCGCAGCACUUGGUAAUGAUAAUGGUAGUGGUCAACUAUCUGGUCUGGCCAAAGCUGUCAAAAAGGAAUAUUCAGAAAGUUUUGGACCCACUGUAAAAUCCAAAUUCGAGUUGGUUAUGGCUCAAGCCUCUGCAUACGAAAAGGGUGGUACCAUUAAAACUAAUGAAUACACUCAACUUCUCCAGGCCUGGACAGCAUUCAAUGAUAAGUACUAUGGUGUUAUAUCUUAUUACAAAUACUAUUCCAUUGUCGUUCCGUCAGUUAUUACUCAGUGGUUAAAUUUCCUUACCUAUGUAAUUCUAUUUGUUGUAUAUGUUGCAGGUGGUGAAACUGGUCAUCUAACUGUAUUCUACUUGGUGAUUGCAAUUUCUGGGUUUGUUUUUGGUAUUAACAUGACUCUGGUCUACUCUGUAGACUGGAACUAUAUCCCAAUCUAUAUUGCUGGUGAGAACUGUUUCCCGAUCAUCACCUCAUUCAUACACUACAUUACAACGCUCAUGUUUGGUAACAGGAGGAAAUGGAACAGUGACUUCAUUGUCGUGGUUGUGGACAUAGUGGUUGCAAUCAUAAUCUCACUUGUGGCAGCUAUGGUUUGGAGUGUAGCCUACUUAUCUAAACCCAAAUAUGCUUCAGCCAAGGAUAAAGAAGCUUCUUGGUAUCACCACAUAUUCACAAAUAAAUUUGAGGGAGAAUUUAAACCAGAAGUCAUAUCUCCUUUUCUAAUGAUAAUUGUCGGUAUGGGUCUUGUUUAUGCUAUAUAUCCUGGAAUUGCACCUGGUAUGAUUGUGCCAUUCUACCUCAUUGACAAGAUUGAAAUGGUACUUUUGAUAGCCACAAUAUUUCCACCAGUGAUUGUAGCUGCCCUAAGAAGAACUACCAAAGGUUGGCCUCCACCUCCUCAGUCACCAAUGUGUCAAUGGACUCUAGAUAUACGGGGAUUCGAUGGUCAAAGCAAAGGAACUGGAUUGUUUUGGCACGGUUUUGAUCUUCUUAUGGUUAUUAAAAUAUCUCUUGCCGUCAUAUUCAUAUACUCACUUCAUUAUAGAGAAUCUCAUUUAUCCAGAUCUAUCAUUAAUCAACCCAAAAUGUCCACUUUCCUAUCCAUUACGUUCUAUAUGUGUCAUGAAUGUUUAUUAGCUUUAGGAUUUCCAGGUCUGGUAGGAGCUAAUGGUGGAGGAGACUAUGUAUUGAUACCUCAGUACAUAGGAGCGCUAUUUAUGAUAUUUUUGGCCUUUUAUUCAGAGGGAUACAUUAUAGAAUAUAAAAGUCAUGAUCCUGCUCAUUGGCCCACAGAAGGUAUGACUAAAUGGAACGCGUUCUGUUACCGGUGUAAAAGAGCCAGCAAAAUUACCAAUCCCAUCCUGAUGUAUCUAUUUACAACUGAAUUGCAAAAUUAUUCACAUUUUUUAUUUAUUUUUAUACAGUAUUAUUUAGAUUAUAGUAAAUAG